CAGGUAGUUGCUAUCCGGUAAUAUGUUGUUCAAGAACUAUAAUUGUACGCCGGUCAAACCCUGCACCGAUGUAGUCAAUUCGUCAAUGGUGGGCUCUAUCGUCGACGGGCGCGCGAGGCUGGAGCCACAGAUCAAUGAUGCAAUGGCCUGUCCACGCCAGCAGCUCUUCCAUCGUCCUACAGCGCACGCGGUGCGCGCCAGGGUGGCCUCGGACGGUGUCGCCGUGCACCGUUGUCGCUCUCAGCUGCUGAACCGAGACGUGCACCUGAUCACUGGCAGCGUUCGGAUAAUGUUGUGCGUGUCCACGGGGCAGCGCCGCGAAUGGCCCGCAGCGCGCAGCAGCAGAACGUGAUCGACGCUGCCUUCGCGAAGUACCACACGCAGAUGCAGCCUCCCACGUACAUCCGCACGGCCAACGAGGAGCUCAUGCGCCAUGUCCAUCCGAGCCCUGCCGCAACGUUCGGGAGGUCCGUUGCGCCCUCGCUAGCAUCGGAGGACCCGGCGCCGCGAAUGCAGGCGCACGCUGUGGCAGCGGCGGCAACCAGCGCGAAGCGGAGCAAUUUUGCCCUGGAUAUCAGCGCGCCGUCCGUUCGGCGCAAGUUUUUCUCGAAAGCGCCGUUUUCCCCGCCGGCCCCGUCGCAGCAGGCUUCGGGGGGGCUCGGUGCCAGUAGGCGGGGCUCCGGCCGCGCCGCGUGCUUCUACGAACAUGUAUAGCAGCCAGGAGACCGUCUCAGAUGGGCCUAGCGGUGCCUCGCGCACGCCGUGGACACUGUCGUAUAAGGUGCCAACGUCAGUUACGAC